CCUGCCUGCCUGCCUUGAAUCUUAAUACUGUUUUUAACUUUAGCAAUCAUAAAAAGGACCUUUGGCUUUGGCCGUUGUUAUUUAUGGAUUGUUUUUUGUCCCUUACAAAAAUAAAUCUUUUUUUUUGUUUUGUUUUCUGUUUCAUAUUCUUUGCACCGGGAGAGUCCAUCGGAGCUUGAACUCAUUUGUAUAUGCAUUUCCUUACCAUUUGUUUCAUGGCAUACAAUGAAUGAAACGUUUUCCCGGAAAUUUCCCCGACGUUGACCAAAUAGUUGACUAUCGUCAAGCAGACGAUUAAAAGCUUUACACUUAUUCUUGUUUUCAAAAGGGUAAGUGAGGAUGUUAGAGAAGAAGAUGGAAGGAAUUAACACCGAUAAAGUGAUAGAGGAAUUUGAAGCAUUGACUGAAGAUGCUGGAAUGGUUCAGAGAGAAACCCUGAAGAAAAUAUUGGAAGAGAAUGGAUCUGCCGAGUAUUUGCUGAAUUCGGGUCUUAAUGGAAGGACUGACCCUGAGAGUUUCAAGUCUUGUGUUCCACUUGUUACUCACAAAGACUUGGAAGCUUAUAUUUACAGAAUUGCUGAUGGCGAUCCUUCUCCUAUCCUCACUGGGAAACCCAUACCAGACAUGUCUUUGAGUUCUGGUACUACUCAGGGGAGGAGAAAGCUUGUCCCUUUCAAUGAUGAAUUGAUGGAAAACACCUUGCAGAUAUAUAGAACUUCUUUUGCCUUCAGAAACAGAGAAUUUCCACUGGAGAAGGGGAAAUCCUUACAGUUUGUCUACAGCAGCAAGCCAUGGAAAACAAAAGGGGGUUUAGGUGCAGGAACUGCCACAACAAAUAUCUUCCGCAAUUCGAAAUACAAAAAUGGAAUGAAGGCAAUUCAGUUCCAAUGCUGCAGCCCUGAUGAAGUGAUAUUUGGUCCUGAUUUCCACCAAUCAUUAUACUGCCAUCUCUUAUGCGGGCUACUCUUCCGCGAAGAAAUUCAGUUUGUGUUCUCUACAUUUGCUCAUAGCAUUUUGCUUGCAUUCCGGACCUUUGAACAAGUCUGGGAGGAGCUCUGCAAUGAUAUACGUGACGGGGAACUAAGCAGCAGAGUCACCGCCCCUUCAGUUAGAAUAGCAAUGUCAAAACUGCUUAAGCCAAGCCCUGAAUUGGCCGAUUUGAUCUAUAAAAAAUGCUCUGGAUUGAGUAAUUGGUAUGGAUUAAUACCAGAGCUUUUCCCCAACGCUAAGUACAUCUACGGGAUAAUGACCGGGUCAAUGGAGCCUUAUUUGAAGAAACUGAGGCACUAUGCAGGGGAGCUGCCAUUGAUGAGUGCUGAUUAUGGUUCUUCAGAAGGGUGGGUUGCAGCGAAUGUCAAUCCAAAAUUGCCUCCUGAGUUAGCAACUUUUGCCGUGCUUCCUAAUAUUGGAUACUUCGAAUUCAUUCCUCUUAAUAACAACGCUGAGUGCCUGUAUAUGGAGCCCAAGCCUGUGGGUCUGACGGAAGUCAAGAUUGGGGAAGAUUAUGAGAUCAUUGUCACCACUUUUGCAGGUUUGUACAGGUACAGGCUAGGAGAUGUGGUGAGGGUUAUGGGUUUCCAUAACACAACCCCAGAACUUAAAUUUGUGUGCAGGAGGAACCUUGUUCUUUCCAUAAACAUUGACAAGAACACUGAGAAGGAUUUGCAGCUAUCUGUAGAAGAAGCUGGCAAACUGCUAGCCGAAGAAAAGCUUGAGAUAGUUGACUUCAGCAGUCUGGUUGAUGUAUCCACAGACCCUGGACACUACGUUAUCUUUUUAGAAAUUAGUGGUGAACCAAGUGAGGAGGUGUUAAGGGAGUGUUGCAAUUGCCUGGAUCGAUCCUUUGUUGAUCCAGGCUAUGUUGGUUCACGGAAGGUGAAGGCCAUUGGACCCCUUGAGCUCCGAGUUGUUUGGAGAGGAACCUUCCAGAAGAUUUUGGAGCAUUACCUAGGAUUAGGAACUGUUGUCAGCCAGUUUAAAACCCCUCGUUGUGUUGGGCCCAUGAACAGCAAGGUGCAGCAAAUCCUGUGUAAUAAUGUUGCUAAGACCUAUUUUAGUACUGCCUUCUGAGUGAAUAUCUGUAAACUGCGAUUUGGUAAUUGCUUCAUAAUAUAGUUUAAUCCAUGUAACAAGUUUCUUGAAGCAGCAAA